AUGUCGUCUAACACGGGGCAAGGCCCCGGCAUCGCAUCUCCAGCUCCCCUAACCAAUGGCCACACCUCUCAGCCUUCAAACACUCACCAGGACGCGCCUGUUCGUCCCACGCUUGAGAACGGACGUUCCUACAUCAACCUGGACAAUCUCAGUAAAGAGAAGCAUUUGCGCACAGGCUCGUCGUCCACAAUCCAGGAGGAGGAGCCCAGCACGCGAGCCCGUCGGUCUGCAAGCACCUCCAAGCCGCCACUGCUUGUGAACCAAAACCAGAUCCAAAAUCACCAACAUCAACAGAGCCAGUACAACCCUCAGUACCAGCCUCCAAGAGUUGCCACGCCCAAAAGAACGCCGCUGUUCGACUCAGGACAGUCAUACUCACAGAGAUUUCAUAACAGAUCGUCGUCAUUUUCCGUCAGAAGUGCCAGAGCGCGCUCUCUGUCGGCGUCAUCGCAAGAAGCACUCAAACACCUGGCACCUCCGGUCUCCGUGCCCCUGGUAGUGUGCUGUCUCAUGUGGUACUUAUCGUCAGCCAUGAGCAACACCCUGGGAAAAGCCAUUCUCACCAAAUUCGGUUACCCCGUCACCCUAUCACAGAUCCAGUUUUUGGUCGCAGUGUGCUGCGGAGCUACUACAAUCCAGCUGUCGCAAAUGUCCCCUAAAUUCCGACAGGCACUUCCCCCCGGAAUGGUGGGACCACAGGGACUCAUUUUUCCUCCCACAAGAGAUAUGCUCAAGACCACUGCGCCCAUGGGCUGUUUUCAGCUCUCGGGCCAUAUCCUUAGCCAUAUGGCUACUGGCAUGAUCCCCGUGUCCUUGGUCCACACCAUCAAAGCUCUGUCGCCUCUCUUCACUGUGGCUGCAUACAGACUAUUGUUUAACGUCCAGUACUCGCCUUCCACAUACCUUUCUCUGAUUCCUCUGGUGACUGGAGUCAUUCUCACCUGCUCAACGUCCUUCCGCGCUCAGUUCAUGGGCAUUAUCUACGCUCUGCUGGCGGCUCUGGUGUUUGUUUCGCAAAACAUGUUUUCUAAGAAAUUGCUUACGUCCGGAACCACUGCUGGCCCUGGAGGUCCUGCUUCCGCUACCCACACCCGGAAGCUUGACAAACUCAACAUCCUGUGCUACUGCACCGCAUUGGCCUUCCUCUUCACCUCGCCUCUGUGGUUCUUCUCCGAGGGCUGGACGCUCCUCAAGCUCUUCUUCCGAGGAGAGGCUCUCGUCAAGGACGACUCGUCUCUGUUCGUGCUUAUGAUCCAGCUGCUGCUCAACGGAGUAGUGCAUUUCGCCCAGAACCUUCUUGCAUUCCAGGUUCUCUCCAUGGUAUCGCCCGUGACCUACUCUGUGGCGUCGCUACUCAAGCGAAUCGUUGUCAUUGUCUGGGCCAUCAUCUGGUUCGGCCAGUCCGUGUCUGGAAUUCAGGGCUUCGGCAUCUUCUUGACUUUCACCGGUCUCUACCUCUAUGACCGAUGUGGAGGAGAUAAGAAGAAGGGUGGACAGGGCAGUUCAGUAGACGGCACCGAGAAGGACGCCCAGCUGCCCAAGUAA